AUGGUCAAGGAGCUCCUUCUUGCCCUUGACCCCACAGACCUCACUGUCGACCUGCUCGAGACACACCUCCUUGCAGCUGAGACCAGCAUAGUCACUGUAGGCGCUUCUCGUGGCACUCCUCGCACUCCCUUCUUUGUGGGGUGUUCCCCCUCUCCUCUUGUCCCCUCUAUUGCUUCUGCUGCUGCUGUUGACUUCCUUCAUGCUGAGGAGGUCAAAGCUGCAUCUGCUCCUAGUGGGAGGCGCCGCGGCGGCAAGGGCAAGGGAGGCCAGGGUGGUGGGGGUGGUAGUGGUGGAGGCGGUGGUGGGGGCGGUGGAGGCGGUGGAGGUAUCGGUGGCAAUGGUGGCAGUUGGAGUGGUGGUGGGAGUGGAGGCGGUGGUGGCGGCGGCGGCGGCGGCAGUGGGGGUGGCAGCGGCGGUGGCGGCAGUGGGAGUGGUGGCGGGAGCAGUGGUGGUGGUCGGGGUGGAGCUGUUAAGAGGGGAGCCACCCUUCCAUCUUCCCAGAUUGCCUUGAAACCCGCCUUCCACGUCAUCGAGGCUUCACAUUGGUACAGUUUGUGCAUGACUUCCGCCUCAUCAGCAGCCAAGUGA